AUGGUAUUUGAGACGGACUGUUCCGAUGUGGUAAAGAUGGUGUCUAAACGAGAGGAGUGGCCGGCUUUUGCGAUACUUCUUGAUGAGGUCGACAGAUGCAAAAUGGGGUUCACCUCAUUUUCCAUUGUCCACAUACCCAUGACGAACAACACGAAGGCAGAUAAGAUGAUUUGCAAUGCGUGCGAAAGCGAUGAAAUCGAAGGGGAAGAAGAAGGUUAUUUCUACUGUCAGAAAUGCGGCGUUCGAGGGGAAGGUAUAAUCGGAACAGCCGUCAACGACGACGAUUUAAUCGGAGGUACUCGCGGCGCACUGUAUCAACAAGCAAACGCUCGCCGUCUACCACCACAACUAAUCGAUGCUCCUCAGCAGCCUAUACACACAUAG